GUCUGUCUGUCUGCCUGUCUGCCUGUCUGUCUGUCUGUCUGUCUGUCUGUCAGUCAGUCAGUCUGUCUGUCUGUCUGUCGGUCUGUGGGUUCUUGAGUGUGAACUUUCUCGUAAACACGUUCUCGUUUGAGGAAGUUUGGACAGAAACCGUUUCCUUCUCCAGAUUUUCUGAUUAUCUCAUGAGAAUUAAAGGAAGCGAGCGCCGAGUGUGAUUCAUAAACAAACAGAGAAAUGUGAUGAAAUGUUGGACGGCGUGUUAAAAAUGAUGAGCGGACAGUUUUUCAAACAGUAGCUGGAUGUUCGGAGGAAGAAGAAGAAGAAGAAGAAGAAGAAGAAGAGCGAGAGUCGUGGUGUUUCUGCAGACUAACCUGAUCCUGGACCGAGAUCUUUGAGGAGGUCAGUCUGUGUGUUUGAGUGAGUCUCUCCUGCUGCAGACUGAACCGUCUGUGGUCGUUUGGACAGGAUGAUGAUUGGACAGAACCAAUCCAGUAUCAAUGAUCAGCUCCAAUAAUCAAUCAGAGUUUCUCUCCAACAGACAUGACUGACUAUCAUCGAGGGAAAGAGCAGGACACCAGCUUCCUCUGGAUCAAAGGUACACACCUCUCUGUCUGUGGCUCUGUCUGUGUCUGUGGGUCUGUCUGUCUGUGGCUCUGUCUGUGUCUGUGGGUCUGUCUGUCUGUGGCUCUGUCUGUGUCUGUGGGUCUGUCUGUCUGUGGGUCUGUCUGUCUGUGGGUCUGUCUGUGUCUGUGCAUCUGUCUGUCUGUGGGUCUGUCUGUGUCUGUGCAUCUGUCUGUGUCUGAGGGUCUGUCUGUCUGUGGGUCUGUCUGUGUCUGUGGCUCUGUCUGUGUCUGUGCAUCUGUCUGUGUGUGGGUCUGUCUGUGUCAGUCCAACAAGAGACAGUCUGUCAUCACCUCAAACACUGACUAUUGACACAAUAAAGUUACUGACCAUGUCUGCAUCUGUGUGUCUGUGUCUGUUAACCUGUCUGUAUUUCUGUCAUUCUGUCUGUAUUUCUGUCUGUCCUUAUGUCUGUAUUCCUGUCUGUAUUUCUGUCUGUAUUCCUGUCUGUCUUGUGUCUGUAUUUGUCUGUUGUUCUGUCUGUCCUUGUGUCUGUAUUUUUGUCGUUCUGUCUGUAUUUCUGUCUGUCCUUGUGUCUGUAUUCCUGUCUGUAUUUCUGUCUGUCCUUGUGUCUGUAUUUUUGUCUGUCCUUGUGUCUGUAUUUGUGUCUGUCCUUGUGUCUGUAUUUCUGUCUGUUCUUGUGUCUGUAUUCCUGUCUGUAUUUCUGUCUGUCCUUGUGUCUGUAUUUCUGUCUGUCCUUGUGUCUGUAUUCCUGUCUGUCCCUGUGUCUGUAUUUCUUUCUCUUCUUGUGUCUGUUGUUCUGUCUGUCCUUGUGUCUUUAUUCCUGUCUGUCCUUGUGUCUGUUGUCCUGUCUGUAUUUCUGUCUGUCCUUGUGUCUGUAUUUUUGUAUUCCUGUCUGUCUUUCUGUCUUUAUUCCUGUCUGUCCUUGUGUCUGUAUUCCUGUCUGUAUCUGUCUGUUCUUGUGUCUGUAUUCCUGUCUGUAUUUGUGUCUGUAUUUCUGUCCGUAUUCCUGUCUGUAUCUGUCUGUAUUUGUCUGUAUUUUCGUCCUUGUGUCUGUAUUCCUGUCUGUAUUCCUGUCUGUUCUUGUGUCUGUAUUCCUGUCUGUCCUUGUGUCUGUAUUCCUGUCUGUCCUUGUGUCUGUAUUUUUGUCGUCCUGUCUGUAUUUUUGUCUGUCCUUGUGUCUGUUGCUCUGUCUGUAUUCCUGUCUGUCCUUGUGUCUGUAUUUCUGUCUCUUCUUGUGUCUGUUGUUCUGUCUGUCCUUGUGUCUGUAUUCCUGUCUGUCCUUGUGUCUGUAUUCCUGUCUGUAUUCCUGUCUGUAUUCCUGUCUGUAUCUGUCUGUAUUCCUGUCCGUCCCUCAGAUGGCGUCCCUCUCCCCCUCUCCGUCGUCUCCGUGGUCAAACGUUGGUUGUUUCCUGUUCUGACGGUCGUCGUUAUCCUGAUAUUGAUUAUUGUUCUGGGAGCCACCAGUGAGUAUUCACACACACACACACACACACACACACACACACACACACACACACACACACACUGUACUGAUGCUCAUGUUGUCUUAGAUUACUGCAUUGUUUCUUUAUAAGCCCAUAUAUGGUCAUUACUUCCUUAUAAAAACGAACAUUGACUCGUCUGAUUUAAUCCUGAGUUUCCUGCGUCACUCAGUGAAGUUUGUGUUUAUGAACAGAUACAAAGACGUCCAAUCGUCUGAUGUCUGCAGAGAAGCGCAUUUCGAACCUGAGCGACGUCAUCAAAUCUCUGAACACCUCGCUGCAGCGAGCUCAAGGUACGAAAGAGAAGGAAGUCUGUGGCCUCACGGUGAACCCUUUAAACGCUUCGUCUCAUUCUGAGGUUCGAGUUUGAGCAGCAGAAACGUUUCAUUCAAAAUAACCUUCAUCCAGUCAGUCUGUUAGAGAAAAUAUAUAUAUAUGUGUUUAUAUUCAUUUAUAUAUAUAUGAAUAUAAAUAUAAACAUAUAUAUGUUUAUAUUCAUUUAUAUAUAUAUGAAUGAGCCACAGACACCUGGACUGUGUCUGUAUCAGGCUGUAAACAGGUUUUAACAUGGGGCUCUAUGGGGACUGACUCACUGCAGGACACAGCCUCUAGUGGACACUGGAGGAAGUGCAUUCAAAGUGUUUGCUUGACCCAUGGUUGGAACUUAAAUUCAUUUGCUGACUCACUUUUUUCUUUGUUUUCCGACGGACUGAUAAAGAAACGGCAAAAGAAGUUGAGAAGAUGCGAUUCGCUGUGGAGAACAACAAAGAUCAGCUGAUCUCAGGUCUGUAUCUGCUAAUAAGGAAGUACUUCAUCUGACACCUAUCUAACUCAGUCACCAACAGACUGACACCUAGAGGGGAGAUGUGGUACUGUAGGAAAAAUGACUCUGUGUGUGUGUGUGUGUGCGUGCGCAGCGUCGGAGGCCCUGAAGCAGAUGUCUGUGGUGGAUUCUCUCAGCAGGAGCGUCGCGAUGCUCAAGUGUUCCCUCGAUCGUAUCGUCAACAACAGUACACACACACACACACACACACACACACACAGUCAAAUAUAUCAGUCCACACACUCACAGCUGUCCCUGUCUGAGCGUCUGUCUGUGUGUCCUCCGUGUGUCCUCUCCUGUCCCUCAGGGUCCGGCGUGGCUGCCUGUUGUCCUCCAGGCUGGGACCAGUUUGACUUUAACUGUUAUCACUUCAGCCGAUCGUCUCUGUCCUGGAACGAGUCCAGAGUCUGGUGUGAGAAAAACGAGGCUCACCUGCUGAUCCUGCACAGCGACAAGGCCUGGGUCAGUGUCUGUGUCUGUGUGUGUCUGUGUGUGUCCGUCAGUGUCCGUCAGUGUGUGUCAGAGCGAAGGCCGUAGCUUCCAGAAUGAUCCGUAUCAGCAGUGGUCCAAACACGGCGCCUUGGGGUACGCCAUUUCUAGUUGGACCAGAUUUGGAGGGGAGUUCUUCUCGUUGUGACGGUCCGGUCCUGAGAUCUGGUCCUCAUGGUCCUGGGCUCUCGGUAACUCUUUAAAAAAGUUCUGACCGGGUUCCGACCUCCGAGAACAACUGGAGCGCACCAUCAGCUCAGACAGGAAGUUUGGAAAAGUUCUCAGACGGCGUGGAGUAGAACCCGAGUUUUUCCGUGUCCCACGCUCACAGCUCAAUAAUUUUGGUCCGUUUCUGUCUCUUCAGGACUUUGUGAACCGGCGUACGGCGUCCUCUUUUCACUGGGUCGGUCUGUCAGACUGGAGGACGGGGCGGUGGGAGUGGAUCAACCAGACGCCGUACACCAUGGAGCGCAGGUACACAACAACAACAACAACACACACCAACACACACACACACACACACACACGCCCUGGUCUCCUGGAAAAUGUAGUUAAGCGUGGUCGAUAACACGCCAUUUCUGUGGCGUCUCCAGGCGCUGGAUGCCCGGUCAGCCCGAUGGUUGGUCCGGACACGGUUUGGGUCACGAAGUGGAACACUGCGCCCACCUGCACCACGACGGACGCCUCAACGACCUGCACUGCUCCACCAAGAUGCGCUUCAUCUGCCAGAGACACAGCAUGAACUGAAAAAAGAACAGGCCCCACCCACAAAGCGCCCGCAUCCACCGCCAAUCAAGAGGACCGAACAGGUCCAGCCUUGACCUUGAUGAAGGCGAGAACGAGAACGAGUCAAGAAUGACGUUUAGUGAGUUUGUUCAGAUGUUUCCACUGAAGACAAUAAAAGGAUUCAAACCCUCAACUGU